GCUGUCAAUGAAAAGUAGUUCGUAACCGGAUUCAACUGCUAAACCCAGCCAAACCGGCCCCCCCGAUACAACACUACCCACCCAGCCCCCCAAAUACAUUUCCCCCCCAAAAGGACCGAUCCCAACUUCGCUCCUUCACCCACAGGUCAACACCACCCACAUAACAAAUAAUGCCUGAAGUCAUGACUGCGCAGACGCAAUUCGUAAAGAAGACGCCGAUCGUACAGGAACGUAAAUACAAGUGCGAAUAUUGCGCGAGAGCGUUCAGCAGAUCGGAACACAGGAGCAGGCAUGAGAGAUCACAUACCAAAGAGCGCCCGUUCAAGUGCAUGAAAUGCCGAAGCACCUUCGUACGGAGAGAUCUUCUGUUGCGACACGACAGAACCGUCCACGCCAAAGAUGGAGGAAUUCCUUUGCACAGCGAAGUAAAGCGCCGCUCUACAAAGAAUUCCGCCGCUGGCCCGUCGAAACCCAAGAUCGCUAUUGAACCAGCGAUCGAAGAUGGUAACGAUGGUAUGGUGGACAUGGAGACCGCGGCUGCUCUGAUGACUGAACUUCACCAAGCUGCGGCUGCCGCCAUGGUAGACCAGGAGCAGAUGCAGAUGCGCGAGAACUCCCGUCGUUCCAUGUCGUCGGAUUUCGAUCCCUCCGUUCCAUACCCCUCGGGCGCGAUUCCCGUACAGAACAUGUCCACCUGGGACCCACCUACCCCUUCGUCGUGCACCGGUCCCGAUCUCCACCUGCCCAAGCUCGACACCCAAGACUGGAAUGCAAACACUUUGCAGUUGCCCUCGGGCCACCCCACUUCUAUGGAGCGAUCCUUCUCUGCGGAGCCGAGGUCGUACGCUGCGUCGCCCAAUCCUUACUUCGCUGGUUUCGCGUCUCCAUCGGGACUCCCCACCCACGCAACCCCGCCUCCCCCACCACCGGCUGUCCAGUCCGACGACGAACGCGUCCAGAUUCUGGAUAACAUCAAGGAGAUCGACGCCGAACGCGCUGUCCUGGACAGGUUCCGUCUGCCUAGUAGGAGCGGCUUGAACAGAUACCUGACGGCAUACUUCAAUCUGUUCCAUCAUCAUCUCCCUUUCUUGCGCCUGUCGUCGUUCACUCCUGGCACCAUCGCCCCACCAUUGCUUUUGGCGGUUCUGUCGAUCGGCGCACUCUACACCUUUGAGAAGGAGCAAGCUUACACUUUACACCUUUCCUCAAAGGUUUUGGUCAACAACUUCCUGCACAGAAACCAGGAGUUCAGCUCGCUCAAUUGCCCAUUGUGGACCACUCAGACCCUGCUCCUGAACAUGGUCUUUGCCAGCUGGAGCGGUGAUGCGAAGGGCCUUGAAUGGGCGCACUCCAUCAAGUCGUUGCUCGUCAACAUGGUUGCCGGUGGUCGUUAUGAGCUUCAGCAGAGAGUCGAGAAGCGUGGAGGCAGACUUCCCACCCGUGAGGAGUGGAUCGCAGAUGAGGGCAGCAAGCGAACGUACUUUGCUGUAUACAUCUUCUUUGGCCUUCUCACCAUGACCUUCAACUACACUCCGGCCAUCAGCUACAACGAGUUCGAUGCGAUAAUGCUGCCAUGCUCGGAAACCUUGUGGAAUUCCGACGUAUCCGACGAACAGAUGUGGCGCGAAAACUACAUCAACGAGGCCACCCCGACCUUUGCCGACGCACACACCAGUCUGUUCAGGGGCGAAGCCCCGCAGUGCAGCGCCUUUGGUUGCCGUGUCCUGAUCAACGCUCUGUUCCUGGAAGUCUGGAGUGUCAAGCGAAGUCCCGAGAUCGUUGAGGCGGUUGUAGCCGAGUAUCGAACGAAGCUUAGUGGCGCGCUAGACACGUGGCACCAAACGCUGGAUUCCUGCACUACGGAGAGCAUGAUCGUGCCCAUGUCUGCACCUCAGAAGGGGCACCCGCUAGUAUUCAACGCCAUGGCCAUGUACCGGUGCACUGCUGCGCGCCUCGAAGUCGACUUCAUGCCGAUUCAGGAGGCUCUGCGGUACCACAGCCCCGAGGAGGUCGCGUCCGGCAUGACGGCUGCGGCCGACAUCAUCGUCCGUUCCGAGUCGAUGACGAAAGUCAUCCAGUUGUGCUUCGAGUCCUUCCAGAUCCCGGCGUUGAUGGGUAUCCGUUGGGUUGCAAGGACCUCGGCAUUGAACUGGAGCGUCGAGCACCCGCUCUGCGGAUUCGACUUGAUGCUGGUGCUCAGUCUGUGGCUCUUCAAGAUGGAGGAGGAGGCGGAGACGAUCCCUCCUACCGCCGAGGAGCAGGUGAUGCUCGACAAGAUUCGGUCGCUCUUCGACGAGGACUCGGUUGAGCUGUACGGAUCGCGUCUCAGUGCAGCCGUCGCUCGCGUCUGGGGUGGUAUGGUGGACGAGGUUGUCGUUUGGGGAGUCACCAGUCUUUUGGGCGAAUCGUUCAAGAUCCACUCGCACACCCUGGCCCUCAACGACGACGCCGGAUUGACGCUGUCAUCCUCGGCAUCCUCUCCCUCGUCUUCUCCAGAGAUGGACGAAGACAUGGGCAGCGAACUUGAAUAAUCUACGACACUUUUUUCCCUUCGCUACUACCUAAUUUAAUGACCUUUACGACCAAAACAAAACGUUUCUCCUUUUCAGCCUUGUUUCUUCGCUCAAUCGACAUUUCCGCGUUCAAUACCUCGACCCUCCACCAUCACCAUCACCGACUCUGUCUAUAUUGUGCUUUUUUGGGGGCGGUUCGGUUUUUCUUUUUUCUUUUUUUCUCAGGCGUCUUGAAAGCAUCGGAUUGAGCGUUUUAUAUUUUGUUUUUGAACUUUGUCCUUUUUACAUCUGCAUGGGUUAAGACUGGUUGGGUUUUCGGUGAACGGGAUUUUCUUUACACAGGUCGGUUUCGGUUGGAUGGUUGUCUUUAUUUAUUUUUGCUUUUUUGUUUUGUUUUUCACCUGUUGCAUGAAUAUCCG